AUGGAUGGUGACCACUACACAGCCGCCAAUGGGAGAUGUUACCUGAGGUCCUCUGUGGAUUUCGAAUUUUUUUGUCCUGUUUUGUUCUGCUACAGUUCCGAGGGAUGUCAUGUCGUAAUCUCAAUUCCAGAUGUUGCCUUUUUGGGAGAAUUGAAGUAUAUGGUCAAUGAAACGCAUUACCAUGUGUAUGAUCAUGAACCGGAUAUCUGUGGCUCGCGACAUCACACAUAUCAAGACCAAAGUGGUUCAUUAAUUGUUACUACGCUUCUUCCAGGACCACCAUCGACCAUCAUCCUAGUCGAUUCUGAAUACGCCGUCGAUGCCGAUGAUGGAAUUUGCAGGGCUAGAAAUUCAACAGCUGCCUUUAGAUGCAAGGUCCAGAUAUGGGCCGACGUUUCGCGAAUUACUCUCUUCAUUCCAAAAAUCACAUACAUUGACAACAUUUUAAUUGGAACUCCAACUACAGAUGAGCCAGAUAGAAUCUCCUGGCUCUCAGUUGAAAAUGAAUGGUUCGCCAAAGGUACAGACGAACACUACACAGGAAUUUUUUUGUUUCAGGAAUCUUUCGGUUCCCCCGUCUACAGCAGUCUAGCAGUUGUAUCAAUGAGCAACAUUUUGAGUUUUCUUGGCGCCUCGAAUCCCCAGGCAAUCGCCUAA